GUGGCGGUAGUACAGCACUCCAGUACUGGGGAUGGAAGAAGGAUGAACUAACUUUUCCACGUGUCAUAUUUUCGUUACGCGAUCUAUGAAAGCUGGGGUAUUCUUGUAAAUAUAAAUUAUCCUCAGGGUACUUUCACCAAGGUAAUCGUUAUUCUGCUUCCGUUUUUAUCUUUUUCCGGUAAAUUUCUGCUCUAACCUUUUUUUUUUUCAUCGUUUUGGUUUCGCCAAUAAUGGAACUCUUCUUCCACCAUUUUCCCGGAAAGUCUCGCAAUCGAGAAGAUGGAUCUCUAGACAGAUAAACCUAAAAUCACUCAAAUCUCUGCUCUUCUUCCGAUUUCAGAUCGGAUCAAAUUUGUAUCUAGCUACACUGUUCUCUUUUUUUUUUUUUCCGAUUAAUUCUGAUCGGAUUUUGUUUUUGCUCGAUUUCGAAUUAGGAGAUCGAUCGAUAGAAUGAUUUCGAAUCCACGUCUGUUGUUCUACUCCUGCAUUGCGAAAGGAACAGUGAUUCUCGCUGAGUUUGCUUCAAAGGAAGAGCCAGGAAUCGAAGAUCUAGCUUUGAGAUGCAUUGAGAACAUACCUCCACAUCAUUCGAUGAUCUCUCACACAGUCCAUAAAAGAACCUACGCUUUGAUCAUCGACGGAUUGUUUUCAUAUUUCGCGAUUUUAGACGAGGUCGUAGCGAAAUCGGAGUCUAUAUGGCUCUUCAAUCGAUUGAAAUCAGCUACAGAGUCUCUAAUGGAAGACGGAUCUACGGCGGAUUCGUUGGAUAAUCCGACUCAACACUGUCUCCAAUCAAAGCUUGAUCCAAUUUUCGCUGAGAUCGCUAAUGGUGGUGGUAAUACUAAUAAUAACAAGGAUUUGGAAUUGGAGUUAGGUAUGGCUGGAUCACCGAGGAGUAUAACGAGGGAGAUUAAGAAUAAUCAAAGUUUGGAUUCGUCGAGAGGACGAAAAGGCGGUGCGUUGAUGCCGCUUUUAGGAAAGCCAUUGAGGGUGUUGAAGAACAAGAAGAGAUUGCAGACGGAGGGGAAAAGUGAAGGGAAUUGGAAUGAGAAGAAGAUGGAUUUAGGGGGAGGUAAGGGAGUGAGAAAUGGUUUGAUGAUUCAUGAUCAUCAUAGACAAAAGGCAAAACAGAUAUGGAGGAAACAUGUGUGGAUUGUUUUGAUGUUUGAUCUCUGUAUCUGUGUUGUUCUCUUUGGAAUCUGGCUUUGGGUUUGUCAAGGGUUUCAAUGCAUGGAAGGGUAAUUAUCAUCAAAUCUUUGAUCAUUAAAGUUAUGUGGUUGAAUGUUUUUCAAAAUCCGAGGUGUUGUUUCCAGGGUUUAAAAGAAAGCCUGGUUUACACGUUUGUGAUGAUGUUGUUAUUGUGUUUUUUUGAAGUUGUUCUUCAUGUGGUAAAAGAAAUUAAGAAAGUGUUUGUAAAUCUCUUUUGUAAUAUUAUCUCUUUUCGUUUUCUUUAAAUGUUUUGGUUACGAGUUUUGUUAGGCGAA